UAGGGAGUGUCCAGAGUUAGUUUCAUUCCGGACUGAGAGCGGUGAACAACACUCCGGCUUCAUUCUCUGUCCCACACUGACACUGCAGGAAACUCCUCCCAGUGGGAAAUGUCUGGUGUUCUAUCCAACCUGUAUUACAGCACCAAGGAUGUGAAGGACCUGGUGUCUGCCUAUCAACAUGCAGGAGAGACGGGUCUGCAAUUGGCCAUCGAGAGAAAAUCCAAGCAGUUCGAAAAUGUACAGAUCCAGAUUGCGGUGAUGGGUGAGUCAGGAUCGGGCAAGUCGACCCUGAUCAAUGCUCUGCUUGGUUUGGAUGAGUAUGAGGAAGGGGCUGCCCCAACCGGCAGCACAGAGACCACCAUGGAAAUAACACGUUACCGCCAUCCCACCCUUCCUACCGUUCAGUACUGUGACUUCCCUGGAUUGAAUACACCAAGGUUUCCGAUGAAAAAUUUCAUGAAGAAAACCGACUUUUCCCAGUAUGAUUUGGGCAUCAUUGUCACUGCUGCUCGGUUCACGGAGAAUGACAAGUUACUGGCUGAAGCACUGAAGAAGGCGGGCAAACCUUUCUACCUGGUGCGCUCUAAGAUCGACGAGACUGUCAGGGCAGAAAGCCGCAAGAAGGAUUACAACCAGGAGGAUAUGUUCCGGAAAGUGAGAGAGUAUUGCAUCUCCUCACUGCAGGCAGCAGGGAUACAAAAUACUUCCGUUUUCCUCUAUUCCGCCUUUAACCUUGAUGAGUUUGAUUUUCCUGAAUUUAGGGAGGCUGUGGCAUCCAAUCUCUUGGAGAUACAGAAGAAUCUAUUCAUCACAGCUCUCCCCAACACAUCUAAAGCUGCUAUAGAGCGAAAACAUAAAGCUCUGCGGCCAUUCAUCCAGAUGCUGUCUGCCAUAUCGGGGGGUAUCGGUGUAGUUCCCAUUCCGGGUUUGUCUCUUGCCUGUGACUUGACGCUCAUUAUCUCCGGUAUCGUGUUCAUGAGAUCGAACCUUGGUCUGGAUGAAGCAUCUCUUCGCAGACUGGCCCAGAGGGUGGGGACCAGUGUAGCAGAUCUGCGGAGAGGUACAGAGCACAACUGGGUGUUCGGAGAGAUCACACGUGAGCAGGUAGUGCUGUUGAUCCAGAGAAGCACCGUGGCAGUGGCUCUGACAAUUGCUGAGCCCAUCCUGGACUUUGUCCCCAUUCUGGGCUCUAUCUUUGGGGCAACAUCAUCCUUUGCAGUGACUCUCAUGAUGCUGAACAAUUCGCUGGAUACAAUGGUGGAGACAGCUAAAAUUGUGCUGCAGAAUGCCAAGGCAGCCGCUUCCUCUGAAGGCAUCGGUAUUUGAGGGCUGUUAUCAGAGUGUCCCGCUUACUCUAUCCUGGAGGGAUUGCCAAAUCAUCCUGAUAUCUAUCACCCGAAGUCAAGGUUUUUCUGACACCCCAACCCCACCUGGACAAGAGAUUCUGCAGGUACUGGAAAUCAUGAGCAACAAACAGCAGGAACUCAGCAGGUCAGGCAGCAUCAAUGGAGGGCAAUAAACAAUCCAUCAGGACUCCUGUUAAUCCUUGCACGGCUUGAGUCCAAGUGUUUCCCGUUACCCCUAUAAUGAGGGCUAUUCCUGUUACCAUCAUUUCCGGGAGCUGUUUCUCCAUUGUCACUUCCUGACCCAGUGAACAACCCACCUGUUCCGAGUUUAUUUCAGAUUUCCAGCAUCUGCAGCAUUUUGCAUCAGAUUGCCUCACAAUUUAAUUUAGAUUCAGUCAUCCUGGUGUAGAUGUUUAAUGUCACAAAUAUGAGAAAUUCUGCAUAUGCUGAAAAUCCAAAGCAACACACACAAAAUGCUGAAGGAACUCAACACGUCAGGCAGCAUCUAUGGAAAAGAAUAAACAGUCGAUGUUUCAGGCAGUGACACUUCAUCAGAACUGGAGGGUUUGUUGGUCCACCUACCAAUGACCAGUUCCAGCGACAGUAGGUUGGCAAUGAUUACAUCCUUCCCCCUAUUCAGUGCCGGGUCCAGUAAGAUAUGGAUUCAUGUCAGUGUUCCCAGCUUCAAUGUCGAAUCAUUCAGCUCAAUGAAUUUAAUUUCCUCAGCCCUGCUGGAAUUUAAAUUCAAUCUCCUGUGUUAUUGAGUCCAAGUAUCGACGCAGUAGCUAAAUCUGACAAGUAGUGUGCACACUCCCUUCAUCAUAGUCCAGCUUAUGUUUGUUUUCUUCUUCUGUAAUAUCUCGAUGUACUUUUGAAUUGUGAUUGAAAGAUCUGACAGAAGCAAGCAACUGCCUCUCGGUCAGUGCUCAUUCUUUGUGAACAGCGAUGAAUUCCAUUCACCUUCACGAAUCCCGGUCCCCAGUGCAACCAGGUAACUCAGUGUAUCAGGGGAGAGAGGGCAGGGUAACAACACAGAGGUUUUACUGCACAGCAGGUGGCAGCAUUACUGGCCCAAAAUACAAUACAUAGUCACAGAGUCGUAGAUGCAAAGAGUAGCAGAGCAUAAAAACAGGUUCUUCGGCCCAUCUAGUCCUUCCUGAAAUCUUUAACACCCAAUCAACAGUAGGAGAUCCCCUACUGGGCUCAACCAUGAGCUGCUAUGAAACACCAUCUUGUAGACAUUCUACAAAUUCACCCUUUUAAGAUCAAGCACCAACCUGAUUUUCCUGACCGAUCCCUCUUACUAUCAUAUUAUUGUACUUCUGGCAUGCAUUUCCUAUUUCCCAUUGUAAUUUGUAGGCCAGAACAUUACUACUGCUUGGGGAUUUGUAUAGAACUCGCAUUGAUGGUGUGAAGGGGUAGGUAAAUAGGGGUAUAGACUAAGAACAAUGAUUAAUUAAUGAUCAAUCACCUUGUGAGCACCUUAGCUUACUGUUUUGGACAGUCAAAGAGAAGCUUUACCGAGCAACCAGUGACGUACUAGUCAUUGUUCUCUAAAGAUAGGCAAAGGCUCAAAUAAGGAACCAUCUGAUCUUGCCGAAGCAGCUCAAGGUAUAGCUAAAUAUGGGAAGUAUUGUGCAGGGGCUAGAAUGUUCUGGAGAAAAGGGGAAGGGUCCGAAUGAGGAACUGAUGGGCUAGCUUUGGCUUAAAAUAAUUAUAUCUAGCUGACCAAUGAUUAUUUUACAUCUAAUUGUAUCUUAGCAUGUGAUUGAAAUGAUUCUAAUAUUAGCUAAACUUGUAACCGUAAGAUUUCCUGCUACCUGAUCAAUGUUAUAAAUUGUGGAGAAUUGUGUAAUUCGUGGGCAGUGUCUGGACUGGCUCUUUUGGGAGAUCAGUCUGUAACUUAGCCCAUAGCAUGCUAAGAGUAAAGA